CAUGGAUGUGUGUGAGCGCUCCCUCAUGACAAAGCUCCAGCGCGUCUGGAAACCAGGGACGGAGCACGAGCGUUUCGGGAGAAACCGUCGACAAGAUCAACUCUGUGUGUUUACCUGCGUAACAGCUCGCUGAAAAACUACUUCAGUGACCGACUGACUUUUCAUUUUUUUCUCACUGGUAGCUACUCCUCGCUUCCCCCCCCUUAUUCUCCAAGUGAACUUUAUAGGGAUGUUAAAUGUGAGCAUCACCGUGCUGCUAAAUACAAAGAUAGUGCUGAAGAAAGUGUAGGACGGAUGCUCUCUUUUACUUCUACUUUUUCUGUUUAACACACGAGAGGAAAAAAGAGGGAGCAAGAGAGAGACAGACAGAGAGAGAGAGGGAGAGAGAGAAAGAUAGAGCGCGUGUGUGAGCAGGAGAGAGAGAGAGAACUCGCACCGGUUUUUGGAGCUACGCUUUCAUGCCGUCAGUCUUGCGGACUCUGAGAUGGACGUCAGAUUUUAUCCAGUUCCCCCUUCAAGCGUGGGUUCAUGUACGUUACCGACUGACUCCGGUUUGGACUAUUACCACUCCAACAAGAGCAGAUACGGUGCUGCAGAUCGAGGUGUGAGGCUCUACAGUUCCCUGCCCAUGCGCCCAAACCCUGACGGCAAGAGACUGCCCUCUACUGGGUUUGAUGGUGACAACAUGUACAUGAAUGAAAACAACCACGAGUUCCUCCCGCCAAACCAGAGCUACACAGGUCAGACCGGCGGCGGUGGGGGAGGAGGCGGAGGUGGAGGCACGGGCAGUGGAAACGGAGCCGGGGACGAAGACUACGAGAUCCCCCCAAUCACCCCACCUAACCACCCCGAGCCUCCUCUGCUUCACCUGAUGGAGCACGACUCCACAGGCUACCUCUGCCACUCGCUGCCACACAAUGGGCUCAUCAACCCGUACUCGUACCCCGAGCUGCCCACACUCAUGAUGUCGAACAUGCUGGCACAGGACAGUCACCUCGUCUCCAGCCAAAUGCCCUCGAUGCAGGAGAUGGCUUUGCACCACCACCACCACCACCAUCACCAACAACAACAGCAACACCAUCACCAGCACCCAGACGGCGCUCAUUAUGACCCCGCCCGUCACCACCCCAUGAUAAACCGCUCACCUCCGAUACUGCCCAACCCCAUGACCGCUCUGACCCAGCUAAACCCUCAGGUCAGCCGGAGCGCUGUGCGUCAUGGCUCCCCCUCACCUCCUGGAAGUAAAUCCGCCACACCCUCCCCCUCCAGCUCCAAUCAGGAAGAGGAGACUGAUCCUCAUUCAAAGAUGGUCUUCCAGAUCACGGGUGAGAAGCGGCCGUCUUCAGAGAUGAUGAAGCCCAAACCCAAACCCCAAAAGAAGAAGAAGAAGAAGGAUCCCAAUGAGCCGACGAAGCCUGUGUCAGCCUACGCUCUGUUCUUCAGGGACACCCAGGCGGCCAUUAAAGGACAGAACCCCAACGCCACCUUUGGAGACGUAUCCAAGAUAGUGGCUUCCAUGUGGGACGGACUGGGAGAGGAGCAGAAACAGAGCUACAAGAGGAAAACAGAGGCUGCUAAGAAGGAGUACCUGAAAGCCCUGGCCGCCUACAGAGCCAGUCUGGUUUCCAAGACAUAUAAUGACCCCGUGGAGACAAAAAAUGUCCAGACAAGCCAGGCCUCUCCCCACAUGAUGUCAGCCAACCCGCCCCUGUACAGCGUGCCACCUCCCCCCCAGCCAUCGUCGCCCUACCUGGGGCCCGGGGCCUUCCCACUCACUGACCUGCAGAGCUACGCGGGACACGCCCCUCGCCACACACUGUCACAGACGCUCAGCCAAUCACAGAUGCUGCCCAGCAUUAGUGCCUCUCCCCCAUCCUCCUUCCAGAUUAGCCCCCCUCUGCACCCCCACCAGCAGCUCUCCCUGCAUCAGAGCUCGCUCCUCAACCAGCCUAUCCGCAUGCAGCAAGUCCAGUCCCAGCCAAUCAUCUCUCACCAGAUGGGGCUUCAGGCCUCUCUUCACUCCCCCCCUCAUGGGCAGCAGGGAUUUUCCCACCUUCAGUCAGAGUAUCAGAAGAGCAUUGGGGGUUCCCAGUCUCCAGGAGCCUCUGGCCCGGGUCCAGGCCCCGGAGUGGCUCAAAGCCAUGACUGGGAUGGUGAAUACUGCAAUCGGGAGUGUGGCAACCACUGCAGUGGCAGCAUGAUUGGCAGGGACAAGCCCCUCUACCUCACCUGAAAACUGAAGAUCAUGCUCUGUCGACAAAUACGACACAGAGGAGUCUACUCUCACCCCCCCCCCCCCCCCAACC